UGAGCUUUAGACAGUGAAACAGUGAAAUAUGUCAGUGAGACUGGAUAAGCCUCGCAGGUUAAUAUGUAGACGUUCGAAUAAUAACCAAAGUGAACAAAAACAUACUAAUAAUGGUGAAAAACAGUCAGACUUUGGUGUGAGAGUGGUUAAGAAAAUCAAGACACCUAAAACCAAAUCAACCAAUGGAAAUAAGACGGAAAGCGAAUGUUCGUGCAGCGAAGAGCUGGCUCGGCUGACAGACGGCACGGACGGUCACCCGCCUUCGCCGCCCCCGGGCGGGGCCGAAGGGGCGGGUGCGGCCGAGGGGGCGGAUGCGGUGUCCUACUGCGAGUACCACGACAUUCCACCGCCCCCGGACGGCGGCUAUGGCUGGGUGGUAGUGUUUGCGUCGUUCAUGUGCAACCUGAUUGUCGACGGCAUUGCCUACACGUUUGGAGUGUUCAUGCCCCGAUUUGUCAGCUACUACGGUGUCGGCAAAGGCACAGUGGCCUGGGUGGGGUCGCUGCUGUCGGGCAUGUAUCUCAGUGCUGGUCCGGUGGUGAGCGCGCUGACUAACAAGUACGGCUGUAGGACAGUGUGCAUAACGGGCAGCAUCAUAUCAUGUGUGGCUUUCGUUCUCAGCACAUUCUCGCCUUCCGUCGAAAUUCUCAUGGUUACCUACGGAGUCAUUGGAGGUAUUGGUUUCGGACUGAUCUACCUACCGGCGGUGGUGUGUGUGGGCUACUACUUUGAGACAAAGCGGUCGCUGGCAACGGGCAUCGCCGUGUGUGGCUCGGGAGUGGGCACAUUUGCCUUCGCACCGCUCGCCACUCUGCUACUGGACAACUUCGACUGGAAGGGCGCCAACCUCAUACUGGCUGGCUUGAUACUCAACUGUGCCGUGUUUGGAGCAAUGAUGCGGCCACUGGAGUUCCCGAAAGGCCCCAGCUGUAAGCCACUGCUGCUUCGUAUGGCCGACGAGAAGCGAUUCCAGAUGGAGAGAGGCUCAAUUGGGGGUUCCUACUUCAUAGUGCAGUUGCCAGAUGGCAGCCAGGAGAAGCGCAUGAAAAUGCCCAUCAACAUCGACCCUGGCGUGCACUCUAGCUUCAAUCUCGAUCAGCUGGUGCCCGGCACGCCGAUCACACCUGUGCCAACAAUGGCAGUUCUGCCAACCAUCACAGAAGCGAAGGCGCCCGACCAGAGCGGCUCGAGUGGCAACUCUAGUUCUGGGUCGACCACAGAGUUGAAAAAGGACGACAAAAGCCAAACAAAGCCAGCCAAGAGUGAGGCAGACGUUGACAAGGACAAGGAAGAGGUGACCGUGGUGAAGCGUGUGCGCAAAGAAUCGGCGACCGGACCGCCGCCUGUGGGCGUGUCCUCGCCGCACGUAGCGGGGCCGCCGGGGGCCGAAGGGGGCAAAGGGGGUGGUAUACCCCGCAACGCCAGCCAGCCGGCGUUCACCACCCACGUCAACUUGCCCAAGAAUGGGUCGGUGCCCUUCUUCGACCGCAUUCGCAAAACUAGUGCCGGUGAACGGUACAAGCCCUCGUUGCAGGCUAUCAAGGUGUCGAGAGGCGGCACUGGCAAUAUGAACUCGAACGGCGAGAUGCGGAAAUCGUUGCAUCUGCGUCUCUCGUCGCAGUCGACCAUUGGCGGCAGUCGUAACAACAACUGCGAAGAGAUGUGGUCCAAAACUGAGGUCAGUCAUUUUUAUAUUAAUUCAUUCACAAUGUUUCUUUUCAUUCACUUUAUUGGAGUAGCACCAGGCGACGCGUCAUUCCUGCUGUCGAUAAUCGGCAUCACGAACACAGUGGGCCGUGUGGUGUGUGGAUGGGUGGCCGACUUUCCCUGGGUCAACAGCAUGCUGCUCAACAACAUCAGUCUGGUGAUCAGCACCAUAGCCGUCACCAUGACCCCCUUCUGCCACACCUACUCGGCCUACGUCACUAUGAGCAUCUUCUUCGGCAUCGCUAUUGCCGGCUACAUAUCGCUGACCUCGAUCAUUCUGGUGGACCUGCUGGGCCUGGAUAAGCUGACCAAUGCGUUUGGACUGCUGAUUCUGUUCAGAGGGGCGGCCGCCAUCUUUGGGUCGCCCCUGGCGGGCGCAGUCUACGACGCCACCGGCUCCUAUGACAUCCCCUUCUUUAUGGCGGGCGCCUUCUUCUUUGUGUCGACUAUCACCAGCUUCAUGGCGCCUGUUCUCAAACAGUGCCAGACGCCGGAAGAGGCACCUGUGGUGAUGGAUGCUCUGACGCCGAUCGAUGAGGAUGAGGAGGAGGAGGAUGACGAUGAGGAGGAGGGGGAAGGCGACGAAAUGCUCAACACGAUUCCCGAAAUAGUGGAGACGGCCCCUUCGCCCAGCAGCCCUGUGCCCCCUGCCGUCAGGGGCAAGCCCCCCAUCAUAGAGAUCAAACAGAUUGAGUCGGUUCUAUGAGAUGCUGCUGACGGUGUUUAGAAGGCUCACUGUAUUUCAUCGACUAGUAAUCACAUUUGUUCUCAUUUGAAGUACAAAAUAUUGUUCACCCAACCGGGCGAAAACGCAUUUGCAUUGUUCCGGCUCUGAUAGGCCAUUUUGAAUAAUGCUGAAACAUAUUGUAUGUUGAUAAUAACCUCUCAUGACAAGAGGGUUGUCCUAUCUUUAAGAAACGUUUAGUUGUCUAAAAAAAUAUGAAAGAAACGGGAAAUUGUUUCUGACACCAGUUGAACAGAUAAGAUAUUUUAUGUUGUUUUAUUUGAAAGUUUAUUUUACUUUAUUGUUAUCAAGUAAGUUGAAAGCUAUUAAUAUGUUGGUGUUUCCUGUCUAUGAAUUAGGCCUACUAUGCUUCUAUGAAAUGAAGACAAAAAUAUUUAGGAUAGUUUGCUCAAUUUGAAAUUCGUGGUAAAAUUCUCGAUUGAUAUUUGAGAGAAAUUUAUUCUACUCCCUUCUUAUUAAUUUUUAUUAUAUUAUUAGAGAAAAUAUAUUAUGAGAAAGGAAUAAAGAAGAUGAAAAGGUAGAGUGAAUUAGAAAACGAAUGCUUGGUUGAUGAAGUGUAAUCCCCCUGUUUUUUUAUGUAUUUCUGCUCUGUGGGGCCGAAAAGUAUACUAUUGUUUCUUAUGAACUCUCACAUAAGAAACAAUGUUAUUCUACUUUUGACAAGCAAAAUACAAAUAUAUUGGGAAUCUAGGCUUUAUUCAGCUACUAAAGAAUACCCAGGAGCCAUGAUUUUAAUAUUUUCAUGGUGGAGGACGAUUAUUCAUAUGAGACUUGUGCGUGAGUUGGGUGGCUUUAGGCAGGACUUCCUAUAAAGGUAUUUCAAAGGAGGUCCUAGGUCCGGUUGCACAAAAGCCUAUUAAAUUUCAACGGUUAUUAAAUGCCACGAGAACCAAUCAGUCUAAAAAUAAACUUCCAUUAGAAGGCUUCUCUGAUUGUUUCUCGUGGCAUAUAAUGAUUCCUGUUAAAAUUUAACAUACCAUUUUUUAACGGGGUUUAACAGUUUUUGGUGGUUCCAAACGAUCUGCAAGUUUUCUCUAUCCAAAUUAUGUCAUAAUUUUUCAAAAUUUGAACGUGAACAUGAUUAAAUGUCGUUAUUAUUUGAAUAUUUUAUAUUUGUUUUAAAUUAAUCUAUGAAUGUAAUCUCUCAACUGGUGUACGAAACAAUAAUUCUAUUGUCUGCAUUUCUUCGUUUUUCGCUUUAAUAUUUAAUUCAAUAAUGAUGUGGAAGAAAAUAUUUCAGUUUGUCCAAAUUUUCGAUGAGACAAGUCCACGCGCUCUUCAUGUAAUUAGAAGGGUUUUUAAUUAUAAUUGAAAUGACUGAUAUAGUGCCUCUUGAAAUUGGCCAAUUGUUGUGAUUGGUGACUCCAACCAUCCCUAUGCAAAUUAACUAGAUAUUUUUUUACAACCUAUUACGUGCAAGUUGCCGUAUUUUAAUGCAAGCAUUGCAUUAAAUUAUGAAAAUGAUCAUUACUAUCAAAAACUCUCCAUGCUUUGUGCCAUUUUUUAUGAAAGACAUCGGCCCGGUUGCACGAAAACAGGUUUAAUUUUAAUCGUGGUUACUUUCACGAGAACCAAUCAGAGAAUGCUUCUUUGUAAAGACGGCUUCUCUGAUUGGUUCUCGUGGAAUUGAUCACGAUUAAAACUUGGCCAGAUUUUGUGCAACCGGCACAUAAGAGUCUACGAAAAGUGUCUGGCCCAUUUGUGAGAUGAAUUACUGUAAAUAUGAAUGCUAGAAAUGAAUUAUGUAAAUAUAUCGAAUGAUGGAUAAUAUAAAAACUAUUCAGUCUAGAAGUUUGAAUGUCGUUUCUUUUCUACUGUAAGAAAUAUUACUUUAAUAGAUACAAUUUAGUAUGUAAUAGGAAUUAUAUUAUGAAAAUUUCAGAGUAAAAUCAAUAAAUUGUAUGUGUAAAUAACGGUGUGAAUGUUCUAGGUAUAUAAUCACUUGAGAUGAACAAUAUUACGAUUCAUUAAAGUGUAGUUGAGACCGUUGAUGAUAAAAAUAGUUGAUAGAUAAUGUAUCUUAGUUAAUACUGUAAUGAUAAAUUAAUUAGUUUUAAGUCAAUUUUUAAGCACAAAAUUAAACUCGAUGCGCCAAUGCAAGUAACUAAUAAAAUAAUGUAAAUAAUGAAUAAGCUUUAGGGACAAUUUUCCUCUAAAUUAUUUACCAAAAAAUUAGUUGAAGAGAUGUCUCAACUGAACACUGUUUACUAACGAACAAUUAUUAUUCAAAGUGUUUAAGAUACGAAUUUUAGAGCUUGUAAAUAAAACCUAGGUAUCUAUGAAUUGACUCGAGUGGUAAUAUGUUUUUUCAUAUUUGAUCUUCAAAUUUAUCUUUUUGAUGUUUUGAAUUUUAUUUUGUGAUUACUCUGAUGUAGUUGAUUGUUGGAGCAUAAACUGUAUCUCUAAGGUAUUUUGUAUAUGAAAUUCAAAUCCUCAAUCUAGUUCUGAAAAAUUCUACUGAAUUGGUAAACAUUGUUCAAAGUUUUAAAGUAACAAUAAUUAUAUUAUUAUGCUGAAAUACAAAUAAUAAUUAACAUACUUUAAAAAAAUAAUCCCAGUACGCAAAGAUUUUUGUGAGCUACCUGAGCUUCCAAUUAACUGUAGUUAUAACUUGCUAAAUUCAUAAUAAAUCCAAGUUAUAUCAUGUAACUAAAAGUUAUAUUCACUCCGCUAAUACAAGUCCAUUUUUCUAAGGUAGAAACUCUAGAAUAGAUUGGAUAGGCUUCAACAGAAAUCCAUUUUUGUAUACUAUUAUGUAGUUCAAAACCUUCGUUUUUACUAUUUCAAUUUAGGGAAGACUAGAGUAUUUUUCAGGUCUAUGCUUUGAAUUUGAGUAAUUUCUUAGUGAUUUUUAAUUUUUUAAAUUACUCAUUGGAAUUGGUACUAGAAUUUUAUUAUUCCCUACGAGAUGUAUAAUUUCUACGAGAAAUUUAAAUUUCUAUUUAUAAUUCCCUACGAGAAUUAUUCUCGUAGGGAGCAAAAAUGAUCAAGCCUAAAAUGUCUUGAUUUUUAUUAAUGAAUCCAAACUUGAAUGUCUUGUGUCAUCUAAGCUAAGUAUGUUAAUUGCAAACCCAAGAUGAAUAGGCUACUUUGAAAUUGAUGUGAUCGUAUUUAAAACUGUAUAGAUUCAUUUUUUAACGGAAAAAGAUUAGACCUCACUUCUCAAUACUAUUGUAAGCUACACAAUAAUAAAAGAAACUCAGGGUUAAAUUGUUGAAAAUCUAUGUGAAAAAAAAUGUAAUUGGAAAAGUGUGAUGAAUGGUUUUUAAGAAAAUUGGAAAAGAGGAUUUCACUUUUAAUAAUAGAAAAUGUUGAUAUGGAAUUGGGUCUGAUAAAAUUUGUUUUUCGUUUUUUGAAAGGUACUUAAUUUUUGUUUCUUCUAUGCAUAUCGCUUACAUGACAACUUACAACCAAAUUGAGGUCUUACGUUAAUCUAUAAAAAAUUGUGAGCAAAUUUCAUGAAAAAAAUCUAUCUUGCAUGAUUAUGUAAUGUUUGAUGAAUGCAUUCAUACAGUUUGUGAAUUUGUUGUGUGUGAUGAUAAUUUAAAAGUUCUCAAGGUGAGAAAACUGGCAAAUUACUUUUAUCGUUUGCUGUAUUAUGUAACGGGAAAGGUUCGAAUGUUUUUUAUUCAAUAUAGCCAUUAUUCCCAUGAUGAUUAUCCAUGUUAUUAUUGCUUUACUCAUUCAUUAUUUAUGAAGACCCAUCAUAAUAAAAGUGAUUCGUAUAUAAUCUUA